CCUCUCUGUCGCUCUGGGCUCCUGCUAUCAUCACUGCUUCCAAAAUGCCAGCCAGGAACAUGGAGGGCCCCUUGUGUGCUUAGUGCAUUUAAAUGCAUUUUUUUGCAGCAGAUCAAUACAGUGUUAGAAGUACCUCCAGGGACCAAACCAGGAGGAACAGACUGACCCCUGCCUGGAGUAAGGCAAAGGUUCUCAAUGAUGACAACCUGUCCGGCCUCAGCAGCAUGGAGGUGGACGACCGCAUCUCCUACCUGGAGCAGCGCCUGCAGCUGCAGGAGGAUGAGAUCCAGGUGCUGAAGGCGGCCCUGGCCGACGUCUUGCGGCGCCUGAGCACCUGCGAGGAGAACGGGCUCAACCUCUCCAAGCGCAGACCUGACAAAGUUUACCAGCUGCUGCGGGGGCUGCCCUCCAGGCCCACCCUGAGCAAUGGGGCCGUCCCACACAGGAGAGGCUACGCCACCUCCCCCUCGUCCCCCAAGAGGGAACUCCUUCCUGGAAAAAGGGGGCCACAGAGGGGCCCAGUAGCCGGGGAGCCUUCCCCCAUCUCUGUUAGCGCCCAGGGCCUGCGUGAGGCUGAGUCCCCAAAGGGCAGCGGCGGGCAUAGUAGCUGCCCCUCGCCGGAGCGCCCCGCCUCGCUCAAGCGCGAGAGUUUCAAGGACCAGAGGAGCCGCACCACUUCCUCCAGCAGCUCCUGCAGCGGCAAGCGCGAAGGUAAACCAAAGGAAGCCAUCUUCAAUGCUGAGGAUGGUUACGUGAAAAUGUUCCUCCGGGGACGCCCCAUCCCCAUGUUUGUCCCCGAUGCCGUGGUGGCCACCUACAGCCUGGAUGCCAAGCUGGAGCUGCCACACAAGAAGCUGAAGCUGGACUGGGUAUACGGGUAUCGGGGCCGUGACUGCCGGGCCAACCUUUUCCUGCUGCCCACGGGAGAGAUUGUCUAUUUCGUGGCUGCAGUGGCCGUCCUUUACAACGUGGAGGAGCAGCGACAGCGCCACUAUCUGGGCCACACCGAUGAUAUCAAGUGUUUGGCUGUGCAUCCAGACAUGGUGACUGUAGCAACCGGACAGGUGGCCGGGACAUCAAAGGAUGGCAAGGCGCUGCCGCCCCAAGUGCGCAUCUGGGACUCCGUGAGCCUCAACACCCUCCACGUCCUGGGGCCUGGACCUUUCGACCGAGCGGUGACCUGUGUGGGAUUCUCCAAGUCUAACGGGGGUGGCCUCCUGUGUGCCGUGGAUGACUCCAACGACCACGUGCUCUCCGUCUGGGACUGGCAGAAGGAGCAGAAAUUGGCUGACGUGAAGUGUUCCAACGAGUCCGUUCUGGCCGCCACCUUCCACCCCACGGAGCCCACCCUCCUCAUCACCUGUGGGAAAUCCCACAUCCACUUCUGGACCCUGGAAGGCGGCAGCCUCAGCAAAAGGCAGGGCAUCUUUGAGAAACACGAGAAGCCCAAGUAUGUGCUGUGCGUGGCCUUUACAGAGAAUGGGGACACGGUGACUGGCGACUCGGGGGGCAACCUCUACAUCUGGGGCAAAGGGGGUAACCGGAUCUGCCAUGCGGUGCCAGGCGCCCACGAGGGGGGCAUCUUCGGCCUCUGUGUGCUGCGGAAUGGGACCAUCCUCACGGGGGGUGGCCGAGAUCGCCGGGUGGUGCUUUGGGGACGGGAUUACCAGAAACUGCAGGAGAACGAGGUCCCAGAUGGCUUCGGGCCAGUACGCACCAUUGCCGAAGGGAAGGGCGACUCGCUCUUUGUGGGCACCACACGCAACUCUGUGCUACAUGGGUCCUUGUCGACUGGCUUCUCUCUGCUGGUGCAGGGACACACCGAAGAGCUUUGGGGCCUGGCCACCCACCCCACCCUGGACCAGUUCCUCACCUGCGGACAGGACAAGCAAGUCCACCUGUGGAGCGUGGCCUCCCACCAGCCUCUAUGGAGCAAGGGAACUGAGGAUGCGGCUCGCUCGGCUGCCUUCCACCCCAGUGGUUCAGUCCUGGUGGUGGGCACUGUCACGGGCAGGUGGCUAGUGCUGGACACGGAGACCCGGGAUCUGGUGGCCAUUCACACGGACGGAGGAGAGCCCAUCUCCGUGGUCAACUUUUCCCCAGACGGGAAGUACCUGGCUCUGGGGUCCCACGAUAACUUUGUCUACAUCUACCUGGUUUCCGAGGGUGGCAGGAAAUACGGCCGGGUUGGCAAAUGCUCAGGACACUCCAGCUUCAUCACCCAUCUUGACUGGGCCUUCGACAGCAGCUGCUUGGUCACCAAUUCGGGGGAUUAUGAGAUUCUGUAUUGGGACCCCUCCACCUGCCGGCAAAUCACCAGCGCCGAGGCUGUGCGCAACCAGGAGUGGGCUACCGCCACCUGCGUACUAGGCUUCGGGGUGUUUGGGAUCUGGCCAGAGGGGGCGGAUGGCACCGACAUCAACGCUGUGUGCCGCUCCCACGAGGGGAAGCUCCUGGCGUCGGCUGAUGAUUUUGGCAAAGUGCACUUGUUCUCCUACCCCUGUUGCCAGCCGCGGGCCCCCAGCCACACUUACAGCGGCCACAGCAGCCACGUCACCAACAUCGCCUUCCUCCACGAUGACAGCCUGCUGCUUUCCACCGGUGGGGUGGACACCAGUGUCCUCCAGUGGCGCCUCCUGUAGGGAGGGAGGGGGGAGGCGGUUAGCGGGGCUGCCUCGGUGGUGGGGCUUGGGGGGCAGGAGGUGCAAAGGCGGGAGACGGGUGGGGUGGGGGUUGCAUCCUGUUAAACGCUUUGGGGAGGGUUUAAUACUCAGGGGAAGGGGAGGGGGGGCUAGUGGCUGAGAGGGAAAGAGGCACUUAAAGAGAUUGCAGGCAGCUAUAUUUACAGAAAUCCCUAUAUGAAUAAUGAUAAUAUAUAUCUAGAUCGAUCUCUAUAUAUCUAUAUUUAAAGGCAGAAGGUUGCACAGGCUGAGAAUGUGAGGGAGUUGAGGAAGAGUGGAGGGGGAGGGGCGCAAUUACACCCCCCCUCCCCCCAGACAGGGCAGAGCUUGAUGCUCUCUUGGCCUCGGGUUCAAGAGACCCGGGCAGGAACAGCUGAAGCCCUCCGGUUUCUUUCCGACUCCUCGGAUGCUUUGGGGCACGUUUGCACUAUGAAUGUGAGCCAGUUGGGUUCCUGGGUUCCUUGUUGUAAUUCGGUUUGUUUUCCCUGCAAUUGGGAAAAGGGGUGGCCGCAGCCCUGAGGGUCUCAGAGGGGAGGCCAGUUUAUGGGCAGCCUGUCCUGCCCCAGAGACUGCCCUUCCACACCUUCCCUGGGCGGGGAGAUGGAAGGGAGGGGCAGGAUCCUGGACUUGCUCACCCCUUUGGACCCGGUGCCUCCUCCCAGCUGCUCGGUCAGAAUCCUUGGAGGGUGGGCAAAAGAGAGAUGGGGUCUCCCCCCACCCUGGCCUCCUCCCAGGGAGAGGAGAAAAAUCAUGCUGCGUGACGAGAUGGAAGCCCUGAGAUGUUUUCUGGGACGGGGGUCUCCAGCCAUGACAACUUGAAGACUUGUGGACUCCCAGAAUUCCUGCAGAGCUGCUCCACAAGUCUUAAAAUUGUCAGGAUUGGAGACCCCCGUCCUGGGAUUAGCUUUGCCCCCACUGUUGAUCUGCUAUUGGGGGGGUGGGGGGAGGGAAGCAAUCCAGGAGCAGAGACAGCAAGGCCCAGCCUCAACUUCUCUUGCAUCCUCAGGCUACCCAAAUCACUCUUUUUGUGAUGGCAGCAUUGUGAACACACACACACACACACAGCCUGGUGACUGCCCUGUGUGCUCUUCAAUUUCUGCCUCAGAAAAGGGGCUUGGUCAGACAAGGAGCCCCUCCUGGCCUUCCCCUCCCCUUCCUUCAGCCUGCCUCCCACUCUCGAAUCCCCCACCCCCUUGGCCAGGCCACUCCAGCCCCCCCAAUCCAAGGGAACAUAGGAGGAGUCCUCAGUUUACAACGAUUUGCUCAGUGAGCGUUCAAAGUUACACCACCACUGAAAAAAGUGACACAUGACCAGUUUUCACUCUUACGACCGUUGCAGCCUCCCCCUGGUCACGUGAACAAAAUUCAGGCACUUGGCAACUGAUUCCUAUUUAUGACAGCCACGUGAUCCCCUUUUGGGACCUUCUGACGAGCAAAGUCCAUGGGAAACCAGAUUCACUUACUAACCAUGUGACUGACUUAACAAUUGCAGUGGUUCACUUAGCAACCAUGAUGAGAACGGUCGUAAAAUUGGGCAAAACUCACUUAGUAACUGUCUCACUCAGCAACAGAAAUUCUGGGCUCAAAUGUGGUCGUAUGCCGAGGACCCCCUGUCAUUUCCAUGCUGGUGGAUGGAGAGAGCAGGAGGGGCUCCGAGGCCUUCAGGGGUCUUGCUCCAAUCUCUCCUCCCUGGCCUCCAAGAAUUCCCGCCCGGCUUGAAAGGCCUCUGAGCAAGGAGCCGCCCUUCCCACCUGGCCAAUUCCUGCUUCCCGGGGACCAGCCUUCCUUUAUCUCACCUGAGGUGCCUGGGGAUCCGGAGGCCUGAUGAGGAGGAAGGCAGGGCUGGGAGCCGAAGGGGGACCAAAGACCCUUCCCCUUGGGCGUGCACGGCUGGGGGGGCUCCCUUUCAAAAAUGGGGAGCGCACAUGGUCUGUAUGGAGAAGCCAAGAGCAUUCAGGGCUGUGGGAAAAGCUGAGGUGGUGGAUCAGCAGAGUCACAGUUUCAGCCCAGGGUGAGGGUCUUCUGGGCAUCCUCCUGGUUUGGGCUACGUGGCUGAGGGGACGUGGAGGCCACUGGCCGCAUCUGUUGUGGGGCGGGGGGGGAUUUAGAGUGACCACAGCAUGACUAUCUUCUGUAUUUUCCAAAGAAAAAGUACUGGGGGAGGGGAUGCUAGGAAUUGUUUAAUAAGAAUACAAUCCAAUAAAAAGCGGUAGAAGAA